CAUAUCUCUGGUUGAAGACAACUCAUUGAGCACGUCCCAACUCCCAAGAGUUAAUUUAUUAUUUUAUUUGUACACAAUAACAAUGCUGUACGUGAAAUAAUCAUACGGCGCUCCGUUACUUGUUAGCGUUUUGAUAGUCUUUGAUGCCCGAAAAGAUUGUGUAUCAAUGACAUCAAUUAUACUACAACUAUAGUAAUCUAUACGGUAUCUGUAGGUACUAUACAAACAUCUGUACACUAUACAAACAUCAAAUACCUAAUAACCCAAGCAAUGGCAUGCACUGUGUAUUUGUAGCAUGUUUUGGUCCAGCAAAGUUUGUUUAUAGCACAAGCAUGACGGCAAUGGUUAAAUCAGUGGCAGUACAAACUAUUACUGAUACUGUUGAAACGCCACUGCAACCUAAAGGCGGUCUUGUUCUUGUUCUUGUUGGGGUUUGGAGUGAUUUGGGGUGGGGAGUUGCAGGUUGUGCCGCUGUUGGGGCCACUUACAAUUCCUCCUGAGUUACGCCUUUGUAUCGGCAACUUCUGCAGAAAAAAAAAAAAAAACAGAACAAAACAAAUAGAAGACAAUCGCUUUUAUUUUUCAAGACAUGCUGCUGCGUGAAGGCAUGCUCUUCCUAGUCAGUUCCGCUCGGCGCUCGGCGUUCGGCUCUCGCAGCCUCUGCCAGCAAAUCCCGCGCCGCUCGUCAGCUGAGUGAACUGACAGUCAGGCGCCGCAGCUCACCAGAGGAGGUUGACUGUAGCAGCUCUUUGGGCAGGACUGACUCACUGGUGCUUCUGCUAGCGAUCGAGAAGCAUGGUGGUGAAGAACGUGUGCUGCAUCGGUGCCGGGUACGUGGGCGGCCCCACCUGCAGCGUCAUAGCCUGGAAGUGUCCCGACAUCCAGGUCCAUGUUGUCGACAAGUCCGAGAUGAGAAUCAAACAGUGGAAUUCUGACAAACUUCCUAUUUAUGAGCCUGGCCUGGACGAUGUGGUCCGGGAGUGCCGAGGAAGGAAUCUCUUCUUCUCCAACAACAUUGAAACUGCCAUCAAGGAUGCAGACCUCAUCUUCAUCUCCGUGAACACCCCCACCAAAACUUAUGGCAUCGGGAAGGGUCGUGCAGCAGAUCUGAAGCACAUUGAGAUGUGUGCGCGGAAGAUAGCAGAGGUGGCCGAGGGGAACAAGAUUGUGGUGGAGAAAUCAACAGUUCCAGUGAGAGCAGCAGAGUCCAUCACACACAUCCUGUCCGCCAACACCAGGCCAGACGUCUCCUUCCAGAUCCUGUCUAACCCUGAAUUCCUGGCUGAGGGCACUGCCAUUGAGAACCUGCUGAAUCCUGACCGGGUGCUAAUUGGAGGGGAGGAGUCCAAGGCAGGGGAAGCGGCUGUGGCAGAGCUCACCUGGAUCUACAACCACUGGGUGCCCUCCGAGAAAAUCAUCACCCUCAGCACCUGGUCAUCCGAACUGUCCAAACUGGCAUCAAAUGCUUUCCUGGCCCAGCGUGUGUCCAGCAUCAAUGCCAUCUCAGCGCUGUGUGAGGCAACGGGCGCUGAUGUGACACAGGUGGCAUCCGCUGUGGGCCAGGACUCCAGAAUUGGAUCAAAGUUUUUGACAGCAUCAGUAGGGUUUGGUGGGAGUUGUUUCCAGAAGGACCUGCUUAACUUGGUGUACAUUGCUGAGUGUGUCAACCUGCCGGAGGUGGCCAUGUACUGGCAGCAGGUCAUCACCAUGAACACAUACCAGCGCACCAGGUUUGCCAAGCGCAUCAUUGAGUGCCUCUUCAACACAGUCACUGACAAAACGUUGGCUGUUUUUGGCUUUGCCUUCAAGAAGAACACCGGCGACACUCGAGAGAGUCCAGCGAUAUAUGUGUGUUCCCACCUGCUGGAGGAAGGAGCCAGACUCAAUAUCUAUGAUCCUAAGGUGGAGAGGAGUCAGAUAGAGUAUGACCUGACAAGUGCAGCGGUGACCAGUGAGCCUGAGCGCAUUAAGAAGCUGGUGCAAAUCUUUGACGACCCCUACGAGGUGGUCAAGGACGCCCAUGCCAUUGUGGUGCUCACUGAGUGGGAUGAGUUUAAGACCUAUGAUUUCAAGAAGAUGCACGAGGUGAUGAAGAAGCCGGCCUUUAUAUUUGACGGCCGCAAGAUCCUGGACCACGAAGCGCUCAUCAAGCUCGGCUUCCACACUGAAACCAUCGGCAAGAGGUUCACCCGCAACAGCCUCCUGAGAUCUUCUGGUGAACACUACCCAGCCUUCUCCUGGACACCAUAGCUGGCGGCUCCCAUUUUGCACCACCAAGAGCACCUCAGCGCCUGUGCCUCAGUGUGUCAGGAGCACCUCAUCAGCAAGCUACAUUUCUAGAGAACUUGGGUCCAAACAGAUGCUUAAAAGCUUGGUGUGUAAGGAGUCAGAAGGCUUCCCAUCCUCAUCCAGGGCUUGUGAUGCAACUACAUACUGUUCCUUGACUUGCUGUAUGUAUAUCCUUAUCUUAUAUAUAUAAAUCAGGUUGAUAUCCUCACAAGGGAAUAGGCAAGACAAAGGGCCAUAUUCUGAAACACUUCUUCACUGCAUCUCCACUCCUUUUAGGUUUAGUUGAAGUGGCACAUGUUCUUGAUGGUGUUUUGUACAAAUUCAAUGACAGAUUAACAAUAUUACAUUAUUAACUGGAGAAUACUCUUGAGACUGAUCAUCUCUGUGGCCUUUGAAAAUAGUCGUGGUGAUACAGCAAGGAGUUUUGGAAUAUGGGUUGAAGUGCACAUUCCCACACAUUCCCACACAUUCCUCAUUAGAACACCUUCCUUAUCUCCUGGGUCUGUAUGGGUAGGAAGGACAGGCCCACCACCACUUCCACCACCACCUCUGUGUACGGGUUGGUUUUCAAGCAUGUCUGGGUCAGCACAAAAUAAUAAAUUGGUAUUGAAAUA